UCUGUGAGUGUCAGUUUGAUGACAAUCUCAAAUUCAAGAAUAUUAUUAAUGAGGAGGAUGCUGAUACUAUGCGUCUCCAGCCAAUUGGGCGAGACAAAGAUGGCCUCAUGUACUGGUACCAAUUGGAUCAAGAUCACAAUGUCAGAAUGUACAUAGAAGAACAAGAUGAUCAGGAUGGCUCUUCAUGGAAAUGCAUUGUCAGAAAUCGAAACGAGUUGGCUGAGACUCUUGCACUCCUGAAAGCACAAAUUGAUCCUGUACUAUUGAAAAACUCUAGCCAACAAGACAACUCUUCCCGGGAAAGUCCCAGCUUAGAGGAUGAGGAGACUAAAAAAGAGGAAGAAACACCUAAACAAGAGGAACAGAAGGAAAAUGAAAAGAUGAAAGGUGAAGAGCAACCAAUAGAUUCAGAAAAUCAUUCUACAGCCAAUGUUCUAGAAGAGACUACUGUGAAAACAGAAAAAGAAGAUGAAAAAGAGCUUGUGAAACUGCCAGUCAUAGUGAAGCUAGACAAACCUUUACCAGAAAGUGAGGAAAAAAAGAUUAUCAAAGAAGAAAGUGAUUCUUUCAAGGAGAAUGUGAAACCCAUUAAAAUCGAAGUGAAGGAAUGCAGAACGGAGCCUAAAGAUACCAAGGGUGGAAUGGAAAAGCUAGUGGCACAGGAAGCUGAGAGGCUAGAAUUUGGUGGCAAUGUUAAAUCUUCUCAAGAAAUUACUGAGAAAUCUACUGAAGAAACUGAGAAACUUAAAAAUGACCAGCAGGCCAAGAUACCACUAAAAAAACGAGAAAUUAAACUGAGUGAUGAUUUUGACAGUCCAGUCAAAGGACCUUUGUGUAAAUCAGUUACUCCAACAAAAGAGUUUUUGAAAGAUGAAAUAAAACAAGAGGAAGAGACUUGUAAAAGGAUCUCGACAAUCACUACUUUGGGUCAUGAAGGAAAACAACUAGUAAAUGGAGAAGUUAGUGAUGAAAAAGUAACUCCAAAUUUUAAGACAGAACAAAUAGAGACAAGGUUUUAUGAUACAAAGGAAAAUAGCUAUAUUCCUUCUAAAGACAGAAAUGUCAUCAUGGAGGGAAAUGGAGAAGAGUCCUUAAAUUCUGUCAUAAUGAGUGUGAAAAUAGGUGAGCUUGAGAAAGAAGCUGUCCCUUUAGGGAAAGAUGUAGAUAGUUCAAUAUCAAUCUUGGAGACUCAGAGUCAAAAAGGGCAGGUAGAGGAACCUGGUCCUCCAGAAAUGGAAACCUCUCUUGAGCCUUCUGAAACGGCAAAGGAUGUCUCUUUAAAAACUGCUUUGUCUACCACUGAGUCCUAUACCAUGAAAGUUGAAGAGAAGUCUCCCAAAAGUAAGAAGGAUAAGCGCCCACCAAUCCUAGAAUGUCUUGAAAAGUUAGAGAAGCCCAAAAAGACAUUUCUUGAUAAGGACAUACAAAGAUUGAGUCCAAUACCAGAAGAAGUUCCAAAGAGUACUCUAGAAUCAGAAAAACCUGGCUCUCCUGAGGUAGCUGAAACUUCUCCACCAUCUAGUAUGACUGACCACUGUGAGAAAGUAGCCUCAGAAAAAGAAGUGGUAGAACUGGUAGGUUCUGUUGAAGGUCAGCCUGUGAAAAAUGUCAACCCAGAAAUUCUACAAGAGGAUUGUGAGCCCAUGAAGAUAGAAAUGGAUAAUCUGGACAAUGCCAAGACCUCUGGCAUAGAGGAUCCUUCUGAGACAAAGGGUUCUAUGCAAAAAAGCAAAUUUAAAUAUAAGUUGAUUCCUGAAGAAGAAACGACUGCAUCAGAAAAUACAGAGAUAACUUCUGAAAGGCAGAAAGAGGGCAUCAAAUUAACAAUUAGGAUAUCCAGUCGGAAAAAGAAGCCAGAGUCUCCCCCCAAAAUUCUGGAACCAGAAAGCAAACCAGAGAAUUCAGAAAAGGAAGAAGAGAAAACAAAUGUGGGUCGUACUUUAAGGAGGUCUCCGAGAAUAUCUAGACCCACAGCAAAAGUGGCCGAGAUCAGAGAUCAGAAAGCUGAUAAAAAAAAGGGGGAAGGAGAAGAUGAAGCGGAAGAAGAGUCAACAGCUUUGCAAAAGACUGACAAAAAAGAAAUUAUGAAAAAAUCGGAGAAGGAUACAAAUCCUAAAGUAAGCAAGGUAAAACCCAAAGGCAAAGUUCGAUGGACUGGUUCUCGAACACGUGGCAGGUGGAAAUAUUCCAGCAAUGAUGAAAGUGAAGGGUCUGACAGUGAAAAAUCAUCUGCAGCUUCAGAAGAAGAAGAGGAAAAGGAAAGUGAAGAAGCCAUCUUAGCAGAUGAUGAUGAACCAUGCAAAAAAUGUGGCCUUCCAAACCAUCCUGAACUAAUUCUUCUGUGUGAUUCUUGUGACAGUGGAUACCACACUGCCUGCCUUCGCCCUCCUCUGAUGAUCAUCCCCGAUGGAGAAUGGUUCUGCCCCCCUUGCCAGCAUAAAUUGCUCUGUGAAAAAUUAGAGGAACAAUUGCAGGAUUUGGAUGUUGCCUUAAAGAAAAAAGAACGUGCUGAACGAAGGAAAGAACGCUUGGUGUAUGUUGGCAUCAGUAUUGAAAACAUCAUUCCUCCACAAGAGCCAGAUUUUUCCGAAGAUCAGGAAGAAAAGAAAAAAGAUUCAAAAAAACCCAAAGCAAACUUGCUUGAAAGGCGGUCAACAAGGACACGGAAAUGCAUAAGUUACAGAUUUGAUGAGUUUGAUGAAGCAAUUGAUGAAGCUAUAGAAGAUGAUAUCAAAGAGGCUGAUGGAGGAGGAGUUGGCCGAGGAAAAGAUAUCUCCACCAUCACAGGUCAUCGUGGGAAAGACAUCUCUACUAUUUUGGAUGAAGAAAGAAAAGAAAAUAAACGACCCCAGAGGGCAGCUGCUGCUCGAAGGAAGAAACGCCGGCGACUAAAUGAUCUGGACAGUGACAGCAACCUGGAUGAAGAAGAGAGUGAGGAUGAAUUCAAGAUCAGUGAUGGAUCUCAAGAUGAGUUUGUUGUAUCUGAUGAAAACCCAGAUGAAAGUGAAGAAGAUCCACCAUCUAAUGAUGACAGCGAUACUGAUUUCUGUAGCCGUAGACUGAGGCGACACCCCUCUCGGCCAAUGAGGCAAAGCAGGCGUUUGCGGAGGAAGACUCCAAAGAAAAAGUACUCUGAUGACGAUGAAGAGGAGGAAUCUGAGGAGAAUAGUAGAGACUCUGAAAGUGACUUCAGUGAUGAUUUUAGUGAUGAUUUUGUAGAAACUCGUCGAAGGCGGUCAAGGAGAAACCAAAAAAGACAGAUUAACUACAAAGAAGAUUCAGAAAGUGACGGUUCCCAGAAGAGUUUACGACGUGGUAAAGAAAUAAGACGAGUUCACAAGCGCAGACUUUCUAGCUCAGAGAGUGAAGAGAGCUAUAUGUCCAAGAACUCUGAAGAUGAUGAGCUAGCUAAAGAAUCAAAGCGGUCAGUUCGAAAGCGAGGCCGAAGUACAGAUGAGUAUUCAGAAGUAGAUGAGGAGGAGGAAGAAGAAGAAGGCAAACCAUCCCGCAAACGGCUACACCGGAUUGAGACAGAUGAGGAAGAGAGUUGUGACAAUGCUCAUGGAGAUGCAGAUCAGCCUGCCGGUGACAGCCAGCCCAGGGUCCUGCCCUCAGAACAAGAGAGCACCAAGAAGCCCUACCGGAUAGAAAGUGAUGAUGAAGAGGACUUUGAAAAUGUAGGCAAAGUGGGGAGCCCAUUGGACUAUAGCUUAGUGGACUUACCUUCCACCAAUGGACAGAGUCCCGGCAGAGCCAUUGAGAACUUGAUUGGCAAGCCAACUGAGAAGCCUCAGACCCCCAAGGACAACAGCACAGCCAGUGCAAACCUAGCCCCCAAUGGGACAAGUGGUGGGCAGGAGGCAGGGGCACCAGAAGAGGAGGAAGAUGAGCUUUUGAGAGUGACUGACCUUGUUGAUUAUGUCUGUAACAGUGAACAGUUAUAAGACUUCUUUUCCAUUUUUGUGCUAAUUUAUUCCACGGUAGCUCUCACACCAGCGGGCCAGUUAUUAAAAGCUGUUUAAUUUUUCCUAGAAAACUCCACUACAGAAUGACUUUUAGAAGAAAAAAAUUUCAACACACCCUGAAGUCUUUCUGUGAAGUGACCAGUUUUGAACUUUGAAGAUAAAUAAUUGCUGUAAAUUCCUUUUGAUUUUCUUUUUCCAAGUUCAUGGUCCUUGGUAAUUUCAUUCAUGGAAAAAAAAAAUCUUAUUAUAAUAACAACAAAGAUUUGUA